AUGGCUGCCCAGGAGAAUACGGCAAACAAUGCCAUGCUGCGCACGCUCAACUCGGCUCUGGGUAAUCUGGGCGGUAGGCAAAAGAGCUGGAUGGCGUCUUCCAACGCCGCACAGUCAUUGCCUGCGCCCUCAGAACUCACGGUGAAGACUGCUCCUUCCACAACGCGUGGCCGGGGGCGACCUCGGGGGCGACCACGGAAGUAUCCUGCGACGCAAUCGCGCCCCCAACCCCAACCGCCGACAGUAGAACACUCGAUCGAGCCUCAGGUGGACCCCCAGCCGCCCUCCAACCCAACGUCACCCCAGCUUGCGAAUGUCUUGACGAACCAUGACCAAGCACACCUCCAGCUUUCCACCAUCACCGUUUUCCCGUCACCGACCCCCAGCGAAGAAAAUACCCACAACCCACAAUCCGCUUCUCUGUAUAGAGGCGACGGCACGACAAACGUCGACUUCAUGCAGCUAGAUUCUGAUAUGGCACAAUCAUUCGUCACUCUUUCAGACGCGGGAUUGAGGCGGAGGAAACCUCCGGAAGAGGCCGUUGCACACAUCUUAAAGCGUCGUCGCGGGGCGGAAGGUGGGCAGGAGCACCCAGCAACAACAGCCAGCGCGUAUGCCCAAUCGCCUCUGACGCGAUCUCAGUCAACAAAUUCUUCGCGCCCCAUUCCAGUACCGCAACAUCUCGUCCUCAACAUGCACCUCGAGCCGUUGCAGACCCGCAGUCCGUCUAUUGGCCAGUCGCCGAAUAGCCCAAUGCUGUCACCGCAGUGUGCACCUGUAUCGGAAGCGAUUAGGAAUGCGCCACAAGCAUGCAUGCCCAGUUCGCGACGUACGUCGUCAUCAGCAGGAGUACAAAACCCGUCCAACAUACCAACGGGCAUGGAUGCCCAAAACUUCCCCCAGCCUGCGUGGCAAACGACACAACAUUGCUUGCAUCUGCUGGACGCCCUCGCGCAGUCGCCUGACGCCGCAUCAUUCUGUGCUCUGGAUGCGAGUCGUAUUGCCGUCCUCAGAACGGCCGCGCAGGCGCAAGACUGGGCAUAUUUGUCCAUGCAUCAAUUGUACUGUCUGCUUGAUUUCAAUCCAAGCUUGUUGUCUGCACAAAUCACAAGACAUCCUAACUUGAACUCGGCCGUGCAUGUGCUGAGCAACGUGCUCGAAUUGAACAGAAAUUUGUCGCCACUCGUCCUCCAAUUUUGUUCCAACUUCCCAUGCCACCUGGAAGACAUCAGGACUCACUGGUCUGUGGACUUCGCGCAACGUGAGCGCAUGUUCGUGUCUUUCAUCACAUCUUCAUCGAACUACGUCCAACUGAAGCGCAACUGUGAAGCACGGCGCUUCCCGCCCCUUGCUGGGGAAAUGUUGCUGCAGCUGGGAGUUACUUCCGAGACAUUUCAGCGCAUCCUAUUCACUGCAGUGCUGCGAGCACUUUGGCAGCACGUGCCUCAACGGCCCCCACAAUACGAGGCUCAGGCAGUGGACAUAUUCAAGCAGAACCAGGCCUUGCACAGUCAGAAACUGACUAGAGCGGGAUACGACGCGCAUCAGAUAAAUAUGGAUAAUCAGUUGGCGUUGCAGCUAUGGGGUCCUCGGUUAAGAGCUGUGGUGGAGGAGCUUGAACUAGCUGCAAACGCGCCUCACCUGGGGGGACCUACCUCGCACUUGCAGUUGAAUCCCCGUUACAACGUAAACGCCACUGACAUGGCUUCGCGCGGCCAUAAUUCGCAGCAGAUGCGCGCCGCACGUGUUGUUCAAGUCCCAACAUCGCGAGUACCACCUCCACGUGUUCAACCUGCCCUAAGUAGUCACUCACUGCAAUCGCAUGCACCGCUUCAACCAUCACGACAGGCAGUGCCUUUACUGCCACCACCUGGAGUAACACAGCCACAACAGCGACAGCCCAACCCAACGCGAUUCAGCCUGCAUCAGGCACAUCUCAGGAGCCCGACCCUGAAAGCACUCUCGGCAGAUAAACAGCCGCUAUACCAAUACGUGCAGGGCUUCGUCAAGCCCCCACAACGGUUGAUCAACGUGGGUCGGGCUGUCGAAAAGUGGACGUUCAAUCUGGAUGCAGAGAUGAUUAUGAACGUCCCUGCCACUUUACCAGGUCUAGCAGGCGAUGUCGCGGAGAGACUGGUAGACACGAAUAGUAAGACCAUUCGCUUGCGCUGCAUUAAGUGGGCACCUAAUCUCCAGUGCCCUGACGACCAUCUCUGGACGACUACCGACACGUCAUGGAUCCCGCAUUCCUAUUUCAUCUUCAAUGGCGUUCCUCUAACACAGCGCAAGAAGGUGCAUCAUGGCAAAGAUUUGCCUAUCGAUGUAACAAAUCUCAUCCAGGAGGGAGAGAAUGUCUUAGAAAUGACGGUCAUAUCAGAGGAUAAGGCCUAUCUCAACUACCUUGUCGCCUUCGAGUACCUUGGCAUUACUUCGCACGAGAUAGUGAAAAGAAACUGCCUCGAGAAAAAGCGCCUACCAGCUGGCCAAAUCCUAUCUGAUAUGAAGAGUAAACUCCGUAGCAACGAUGACGACGAAAUCGCCAUCGUCGAAAGCAACCUCACCAUCAACCUAUUCGAUCCCUUCAGCGCAUCGAAAAUGUGCGACAUACCCGUCCGCAGCACAGCCUGCCGCCACCCCGAUUGCUUCGACCUCGAAACAUAUCUCCAGACACGACGGCGCAAGGGCGAUGCAUCUAUGCCGGAUCUAUGGCGCUGCCCGAUUUGCAACUCCGAUGCGCGACCUGGACAUCUCAUCGUUGACGGCUUCCUGCAAGAAGUCAAGCAAGAACUUGACGCACGAGGACUCUCCAAAACACGUGCCAUCGUCGUUCAACAAGACGGCACGUGGAAGCCCAAAACAGAAGUCCGCGAAGGCGUCUCAGAUGAUCCGCCGUCACCACGGCGGAAAAGCGUACCUGCGCCAUCCGAGGUCAUCGAUCUCUGCGAUUAA